AAUAGCACAACACCACAAAACCCCAAGGGUUAGUCCUGCAGGAUGAGCACAACAGCAGUGCCGUGGAGUUUCUGCCUCUUUUUACCUUUUCUUUUGGCUCUGAAGAAUCACACUGCAAACUCUGCUCCUGAUUUCUCUCGUAAGUACUUUGUUUAUUUUGCUGCACUAAUUGUUUUCUGAGGACAAAAGCCAAAUGCUGACUUAUCACUUUGUCAUCUGUCGCAAAGGAAGCUACUGAGGGAUAUUAAGCAUUCUGUUUUUUUUCUACAUAUCCUGCUUUUGAGACAGCUGCUGACACUCAUUUUGAAUAACUAGGAUUAAUGUCUUGAUCUCAGACCUUUAAUAAAUCAACCUUAAUAUAAGCUGCAAUUAAGGUAUUGUUUUGUCUCCAGGCAAUAAAAUUUGAUGAAGAAUACAAUGUUAAACGUUGCUGAAGUUUAAAACAUCUCUAUUGCGAAUUUCUCUGAUAUGUCUACGUUUGACCUCUGCAGAGUUUCCUUUUUUUGUGUGCGCUUGCAGCCUCUGAGGGGCCUAAUAAUAGAUCAUUGUAAGCAAGUGCCUGGUACUGCCUCUCAUUUGCUCUCUGAAGCUUCGAACAGGAUCUUUUGCGUACUGCACACAACAUAAACACACACACACACGCACGCACACAGAGGAAACACAAAUGGGAGGAAAACACGGGUCCAGCAUCUAUUUUCUGAUGUAUUUUGUAUUUGUACAUGUGGUCAUAGUACAAAUAUUGUCUACUGGAGCUACACCCAGUGAUUAAGACAACACCCAUUCAACAACUAGGUACAAUGGCAAUGACUAUGAAAGGCCUCCGAUAGGCCACACUUGCAAAUCAGGGACAAUAUGUGUUAUAAGGCUUCAAAAUUAAGAAUUUUACAGUAACAAAAUCUGGAGCACCCAAAGAUCUCCACUUUGAUAUGAGGUAAAAUAUUGGCCUGACUGAUGGCAAAUACAUGAUGAACUCUUAUUUUCAUUUUAUGGUUUAAAGAGGGUUCAAACCGAGUGAAAAUGACACAUAGGAGUCCAUUAAACUCAUAAUUUACAGAAUGCAUGCCAGGUAAAGUUUCUGUAUUUAUUCAUUCUCAAUGUUGUAUGCUAACUUACUUCAGAAGGAUCCGCCACUGUCACAAAUGAACUAUUAAAAGUGUGAUUAGCACCACCUUGUGUCCUUUCAGAAUACCUCCACACCAUCCUGAAGAACCACACGGCUCAUGCUUGUGAAGGAGAAACACUCAUCAUCCAGUGUCCUUCCAGGACGUCAGUGACUGUCCUGUCAGCUUUCUACGGACGACGUGUCCCCCAUCAGUAUCUCUGUCCUUCUGCAAACUCAAACACAACUGUGGAGGAGGAUUCAGAGUGCACCUCGCCUGUUGCUAUUGAGGUAAGAAGUCACAGUAAGAUGAUGAAGUCAGUGUAUAUAUUUUUCUUUUUCUGGUGUUUGUAUACAUCAGAAUAAAGCAUCUUUUAUUUUUGCCACUCUUGCAGAAAGUGGUGUCCGAGUGCCAAGAUCGUCGGUCCUGUCACAUUCCAGUGUUUAGUCCGGUGUUUGGGCAGGACCCCUGUCCCCUCACCAGCAAGUACCUUCUUGUCGCCUACAAGUGCAGACCAGGCAAGCUGCAUUAAAUUGGACUUAGCUUAUCCUUUUUCAUUCAAGUAUUGCUGAACUGUAUGUUUUGCAGCCUCUUUUGAGAUAGUGAGUCAUCAAAGCAAUCCUGCUUUUUCACAGUCUUCAUCUAAAGUUUACUUCUACUUUGUUGUUAAAAUAAAGUGCACAAAAGGGCAUUUGUAAAAGACAAGAUUAGAAGAAAGUGGCUAAUAAACAUAAUGCAACAGUUAGUUCAUGACUGUGGCUUUUAAUAGAUAUUCUUCGACAUACUAUUCAUUCAUUUUCUGUGCCGCUUCUUUCAGAGCAUCAUCGCACAAGGCUGGUGUGUGAAAACGAGCGUCUAAGGUUGAUGUGUAAAAAUGAGACCGUGCUCGCCAUCUAUUCAGCCACCUUUGGACACCUUCUGCACGGCAGUCCGUACUGCCCUCAGGAGCCGGGAUCACACGUUGACAUGGGUCUGCAAUUAUUAUACGAAGUAUCAAAGCUACAGGGUACACAAAAAAUAGGGGGAACAGUGGUUGAAGGCCAGGUUUAGCAGAGUUAUUGUCUGGUACAUCUUCACAAAAACACGGUUUAGCUAAUCAGAGUUGAGACAUCAAAACUGAUCACAGAAUACUACAGUAUUAAUUUGGUUACAUAUACUAAUUUGCUUUUGCUUUUUUUUUGUUUCAAGAGUGUUUGUCACCUUCAGCUCUGAGGAAAGUGUCACGCCGGUGUCACGGCAGAUCCAACUGCUCAGUGCUGGCUGACACCCAAACCUUUGGAGACCCGUGUUUCCCUGGAACCAGGAAACACCUGAGAGUGUCCUUCACUUGUGGUAAGUGACAAACCAGAUCUCAUUAUUGUAUCUGAUAUGGUUUUCUUCAUUGUUUAGGCUUAUUAAUCCUCUGAUUUAUCCUCAGUGCCUCGGUAUCUCCUGGACGAUGUUGGUCGAGGGUCUACAGAUCCUUUCAUGAUCUCAGACUACACACAUGGUGAGUGAAACGCUGAGGACAUGAAGGUUUUGUGUCUCGUCGCAGACUUUGAGUAGCGUCUGAGCACCGGACCCCUCUCACUUGCAGGUGGAUGGUACACUGGCCCCACCUACAGGCCAAAAAACGUGCUCUUAACCAACUCUCUGGAGAUCAUUGAAAAAAUACUGGGUAUGUGCACUGAUGCCUGUAAACCUGAGCCUGGGACAGAAUAUACAAGUUUAGCUAUUAAAGGAGAUCUGAUGCACAUCAUUUGGGAUUUUCAAGAAAAUGGACCCGAAUGCUCAUAGGAAAACUGAGAGGAAUAAAAACAAAAAGAUAUAGACAAAUGAAUUUUCUGUGCCUUGUUUUAGUUUAAUCAAUGUUAUUGUCUUGCAGGUCUCCCUGAAAGAGUGGCUCUGUAUUUUGUCUCUGGCAUCUGUGCUGGUCUGGUUUUCCUCCUCUGCCUGUUUGGUCUGCGCUCCACAAUAGUGAGAGAUGUUAAAGAGCUGGUUUCCGAGAUAAACGAUGAUCUGAAAGCGUCUCGCAGACAGCGCAAGGAGUUAAUGGAGGACCUAUUUGACGAUGACAUCUCAGACACGUCCUCUUUCCGCCGUCUCACCCAGUCCUACCGCACAGCAGACAUCCUCAGCCCCUCCACCCUGACUGUAGAGAUGGUGGAGUGUCAGGGAGAACAGACAAGGGAUCUGCCAAAUGGAGACAUGUGGCCACACCGGGACUCCAGCCCUUACGCCAUACAUAAGAUUAAAACUUACAACAACUGAGAGUGAAUCAUCUAAGGCGUGGAGCGAUUAUAUAGAUGUGUAUUUUACUUUCAAGUUAACCAAAGUUUGCCCCUUUCUCCAUACUUUGUUGUUCAUGGCCAAGUGACUAACAGUUGUGGAAAAGGUAUUGGACUCCUAUACUUGAUAUGAAGUGGCAGUAUGUACAAUAAAAGUGCUCCAUUACAUGUAAAAGUGCUCUCCUUAAAACUUAGUAUGUAUUAUUCAAAGUGUGCUUUCAUAAUAAAAAUUAUAAGAAAAUGAAAGAUUCAGUCUUGAAAAA